CCGCUUACCCAAUACGCGUUUUAUUAUCGAAAAAGAAAAAAAAACACACAACAAUCACACGUCUCUGCCGUUCGGUGUGAUUACGAAGGCGACGACUACCACUCCGUUUCAUACCGACGAUGGCAAUUAUCGCGUGUGCGUGUCGGUAGCGUGCUCGUAAAACAAUAUUCUAUCGGUGUGUCUAAUAUAUAAUAUUAUGCGGUAUAUAGGUAUAUUAUAUACGUACAUAUCGUUUUAUUAAAUAUAUAUUUCAUUAUCGAGACACGGCGGCGGCGGCGGCGGUGGUUACACACGAUUAGCGAUCAAGGAGCCAUAUUAUUAUUGUUAUAUUAUUGUACCGAUAAGUAUAAUAGUUAGUGUUACACCUAUAAUAGACGCGGAAUCGCCGCCGGCGGACGGGCCGCGACCGUACUUAUUAUACGAAAAUACAACGACGCUAUACGGAGGUCCCGUGGAGAUCCUGUGCUAAUCGGACGCGUUCAAAGACGAUCGUAAUGUGUCACGUAGUUAUUGUCACGACGUUAUCAUAGUUAUACACAGUAUAAUAAUAGUAUAAUAAUCGUCCGAGACAAAAUACUGAUAAACCGUGAGUUGUCGUCGUCGCUCAUUGUGUCGGUGAUAACAUUUUUGCUAUUAUUAUGUCAAGUUCGUCAGUGAUAAGAUGAUGCGGGAAUGCCGUUCGAACGUUUCGCCGCUAAAUGCCAACAUGUAUACGGCACACAGGCGGACAGAUCGUGUUAUGUAUGCGAGAAAUCAACAAUACAAAUACAGUAAAGAACCAGUUACGGGUGGACAACCGAUAACAGUUGAACAAGCAAAAGCAUUACGAUUGACUGUAUUUGGUGCGUGUGACACACCACCUAGAGGCGAAUGGUUGCGUACUGGGUUUGUUUUUAGAGAUCCUGAGAAAGAGCUAUCAUAUGGCUUACGAGCACGAAGAAAUGGCACCAGAGGAAUGCAAACUGCAAUACAAGGAUAUAUACUCAAAAAUUUACUAUUCACAAAUACCAACAACUCAUGUACAAUGAGACCAUCUAAACAGCAGCAACUAGAAGCUCUUUGUAAAUCAAUUACCGAAAUCCUGUGGAAGAUUGGAGAAAACGAAAAAGUUAUAGUAUGUUUACCACAAGAGAAGAGUUACGUACCACACUCGUUAAACUAUUUCCAAGAUAAUGUUACCGAAAAACUCCAUUUAUUUGAAUUAACUAAUAUUCAGGACUUAGAAAUUUUCCUCAAAAGAUAUUUGCAUUUGUUUCAAGAUGAUCCUGGACCUGGGUCGCUUUUAUUGCUUUACAGUUCAGUAUUAACAAGAGGACUAUCCAAAAUCGUAUCAGAUUUAAUGGAUGAAAAAGUUUAUCUUAUAUCAAGUGCUGAAGAAGGAUCUAUAUGCAUCGUAACACUGAUGCUUACUGGUAGAGCUACUCCUAAUUUGCAUAACGGUAUUGUGAAUAUCGGAGACGAACAACAUUAUGCUAUACCACACUACGGAAUAUUGGCCAGAAGUGAAGUGGGACUAUUGGUUCAUUAUGAAGAAACCUCUACACCAGUACAAGUCACACAGAUACCGGGCUCUCGGUUAAAAACUCCGUCCUAUCCAAUUUGGAUAACUUGCGCUAAAGGUCAUUACGGUAUACUCUUCAAUACCAACAGGGAAUUGUUGAGAAAUCAUUUAGCUGAACGAAGAUUCCCAUUGACUCACUAUUCGUGUAGCGGUAGCGAGAACCACGCGACGGUGGACACGCGAUCACAUCAGAACGAACAAACACGGAUGAUGAAGGCCACGGACGAUAUUAAUAACACCACGUCGCUUCUACUAUUGGUCGAAUGUCUUAUACAUACAAAGUGGGAAGGAGCUUCGGUGCAGUGGACGGGCGUUACAAAUGCGGUGAAUUAAUACAGCAUAUAAUAUAGUUAUGUUAUUAUUUAGUAGCAGUAUACAGUUGCUUAUUAUCCAACAACAAUUAUUAAAAUCGGUUGUUGUGCGUGGUUACUAAAACACCAACAAUUUAUCAGCAAAUAUACCAUAGUAUAUGGCGUAUAACAUAUUAAUUAUUAAUAAAAUAUUAUUUAUAUUCAAUAUAUAUAUAAAAAAAAAAUGAAUACGAU